AUGAAACGGAAAGGAAGCAUAAUUCUUACACCGAAAAGAAAACAGCAAAUUGAAGUGCAGUCGGAUGAGGAGGAAGAUCGUGCAUCAGACAGCGAAAUCGAACGAGUCACACCAGACCACGAUGAUCAGGACGACAAUUCUGCGGAACAGAGCGAGGAGGAUCAAGCCACUGACGAGAAUGAGGAUGUUGGGCAAGGUUCGGACGAAUCGGAAGAUGGAGAAGAAUCCGACGAUCAGCAGCAGGACUCAAACGAGGAAAACAACGAUGAAAGCGGGCAAGACGAUAGCGGCAAUGAGGACGAAGACACAGUAAAGCGUACACCAUCCAUUAAACAACCAAUAAUCCGAGGCAAGGUGCAACGUGUGACACCCUUGCUGAAGAAAAAGAAGAGAAAAGCUGGUGUAAUCUACAUCAGCUCCAUCCCCAAACACAUGAAUGUGACUAUCCUACGUUCGUUACUAGAACCGUUCGGGGAAAUCGGUCGCAUAUACUUGCAACCUUCUCAGAAAGAUGGCAAAGUUCGGAUGAAAACGGCGCAGGGCAAGCGUGCGAUGGUGCAAUACACCGAGGGAUGGGUUGAGUUUUUAGAUAAACGCGUUGCAAAACAAGUAGUACCACUGUUAAACAUGCAUCCAAUCACCAACAAAAAGAAAUCAGUGUUUCGUGACAUCCUGUGGAGCAUGAAGUACUUGUCAGGGUUCAAGUGGGUCCAUCUGAACGAACGGUUGACGUACGAGCGAGCAGUGGCCAAGGAGAAAAUGCGCGAACAAAUUCAGCAGAUUCGCAAGGAAGUUUCGUACCACGAAACAAAGGUUCAUCAUAAAGAGAUGGCAUUGAAAAAUGCUGCAAGGGAAAAGAAGGAAACCAAGGCCAAGAAAAAUGGAGUAUAA